AUGUCUGCCGACGAUAGCACAAGACAAGAACUCAUAAAGUGCUUCAAGGGCGCCGUGGCGGACCAUCCAGAGGUCAUGGCAGAGUGCCUGUCCAUGGUUCGUGUCUACAACCUCACGCCUCAAGACUUGUACUUCAAGUAUGAAGCCUUCCUCAUGUCCCGCCCAUCCGGCCUGCGCGCCAAACUGUCCAAGUUUACCCUGGACGUCGCACGCGAGCUUCGUAAGGAGGUGCAGCGCCAAAACCAAACCAAGGCUCUGGCUGCACAGUCGACCCCGAACGAGAAGCACGCCGCUGUGCGCAAGAAGGCCGGCGCGACGAACGGUGGUAUGGGCGACUUGAGCGGGUUCCUCGACAACCUUGCGACUCCCGUCCGAAAGCCCAAGGCUAAUGGCGCCACUCCGCAUACUGGCUCGCGUCUCUCCAACACGGGUAACAAUGUCAAUCUCCCUUCGCCCUCGUUUGCUACGCCGUCGCGUACGCCGACAGGUCCCACCGCCUCGGCCAGUGCAUACCGUCCCGGAGCUCCUGCAGGUCCCUCGCGUCUGGCGCCUCCAGAUGGGACACCCUUGGGCAAGUCGGGUGGCGCCCCGUCGAGUCCUGUGAGCGGGUCCGAAUCGCCACACAUGCUUGUUCCUCCCCCGACCCAGCCCUUCCACCUGCGUCCCCAGCCCAACUCGCUUGUCGAGACGCUCAACACUCACCUCCCUUCUGGAGGCGGCGUCCCUGCGGGGACUUCCAGGCCACGCGUCGCCCUUUCAUACACUGUCGACCCCAAGACGUUCGACUACCGUUACAUGUUUGAGAAGAUUUCGCAGCGAUCCGAGUCGCUCGACGAGCAGAUUGACGAGUUUGGUGAAGUCAUCAAGGACGCCUAUGGCCUGACCGAGCUCGGAGACCCGUCCUUGCCCUCGGAUGAUGACAUUUACACUGUCGGUCGUGUCCUCGCUCCACCUACCGACACGCAAAAGGCCAACGUCACUGCGCUGUUCCUGCAGUCCAGUCGUGUACUUGGAAGCGGCAAGGUGGUGUCCCUCCGCUUUGCGCCAGCGCCUACGCUCAAGGUUCGCGGUGGUGCCGCCGGGGUGCGCGGGUUUGGCGUCUUCCCAGGCUGCCUCGUAUGCGUCAAGGGACGCAACGGUGGUGGUGGCGUGUUUGUCGUUGACGAGGUCUUGAUGCCACCACCUGGGGCCAUGCCAACCUCAGACCCUGUCGACCUCGUAGAGUACCAGCAAGGAGAAAAGCUCGGCGGCCUGCCCAUGACGCUCCACGUCGCUGCGGGUCCUUAUACUCUGGACGACGAUUUGCGAUACGAUCCCCUGGACGCGUUGGUUGAUGUGGUGGUGGCGGAGCGGCCCGACGCCCUCAUUCUCCUGGGACCAUUUGUCGACUCUGGCCACCCGCACAUCCAGGCCGGCAAGAUUUCCGUCACCCCAACUGAGCUCUUCCGUGAACAAGUGGCAGCGCGCAUCGCGCGUAUUAACGAAAUGUCGCCAGCCACGCACGUCAUUCUCAUCCCGAGCGUGCGCGACCUCAUCUCGGCCCAUGCCGCGUUCCCGCAGGCCAUGCUCGAAAGCACUGGUCUGGGUCUGAGCAAAAAAGUCAAGCUUCUGCCGAACCCGUGUACAUUCUCCAUCAACGAGGUUCUCAUCUCAUUGGCCUCCCCCGAUGUUCUCUUCCACCUGCGCAAGGAAGAAGUGUUCCAGCGCGCUGAAGAGGCCGAGCCGGACCCGAAACUGCCCCUCGCCGCCAACCCCCAGGGAGACGCCAUGGCCAACUUGGUCCGCCACGUCCUGGGCCAGCGCAAUGUCUACCCACUCUUCCCCCCGCCCGAGGCGCACGCUGCCGAGGUCAACCUCGACGUCACCCACUGGGACAUGGCGCGCCUCCCGACGGCCCCCGACAUCUUGAUCUUGCCCUCCAAGCUGAAGCAUUUCUCCAAAAUUGUCGAUUCGACACUGGCCGUCAACCCUGGCCAUCUGUCUCGCGCCCACUCUGCGGGCACGUUUGCCAAGAUCACCGUUCACCCUACCAGGGGUGAUGUGGAUGCGGAUAUGGAUGAGGAUGGGAUGGUUGAGCACCGCAUUGAUGAACGUGCGAGGAGUGAGGUUUGGCGUAUUUAA